AUGGUGCGUCAGCUGCACGACGGUAUGAUGGCGCGAGUCACGGACAACGGAGCUGUCUCAGAGGCGUUCAAAGUGACCAACGGAGUGAAGCAGGGACGCGUGCUGGCGCCUAGCCUCUUCAGUCUUAUGUUCUCUGCCAUGCUGAUGGACGCCUACCGUGACGAACGCCCUGGAAUCCGAAUCGCCUACAGGACGGACGGUCACCUCCUGAAUCAACGACGGAUGCACUUCCAAUCGCGCGUAUCCACAACCACUGUUCACGAACUCCUCUUCGCCGACGACUGCGCCCUGAACACCACCUCGGAAGAGGAGAUGCAACGGAACAUGGACCUCUUCUCUGCCGCUUGCGCGAACUUCGGUCUGCUCAUCAACACGCAGAAGACGGUGGUGAUGCAUCAACCGCCACCCAACACCGCCACAUCCCCCAACGUGCCAAAAAGCAGCGUGAAUGGGACCCAACUGCAAGUGGUGGAGGACUUCCCGUACCUGGACAGCACCCUCUCCCGCAACAUCAAGAUCGAUGACGAAGUCGCCAACAGGAUCUUGAAAGCCAGUCAAUCCUUCGGUCGCCUCCAAAGUACAGUUUGGAAUCGGCACGGUCUUCAACUGAGCACGAAGCUGAAGAUGUACAAGGCCGUCAUCCUGCCGACGCUGCUGUACGGAGCGAAGACUUAA